AUGGAUUCAAAGAGCAUAGACGACAACGACAGUCAGUGGUCGGGACCAGAAAAGGAGCCGUUCCUGCUCAAUGAUGGAGUCAAGAAGCAUCAUCAACGUGCGUGUAGCUCGACGCUAAUAAUGGCCGCGUGGCUCACAAGUCACAUCAUCGUCUCUGCUAUUCUCGGUACCGUAUUGGUCCUCAACAUAAAAGCCAACUUCCGCGAAGCCGGAUUGCUCCAAAAAGAUACAGUCUCUGCAAAUAUACCUGCAGAGUUUGGAGGUCUACCGGUGCGUCACGACAAUUCCAAAGGCCCUUAUGUCCCCUGCCAAUCCACUGGCGGUCCAGAGGCAGCCCGUCAAGCUGGCUGCAAGUUCGAUCUCUUCGUCAACGGAUGGGUGCCUGCUCCCUGUUUUGACGGGCAAAAGCAUGACUAUUUUGUCGAUCAGCACGACUACUACUUUUGGGUGGACAAGGAAAAGCGCCAGCGCAUUCCCCAAGAAAAACUACUCGAGGGUACUCUAGAAUAUCCAGAGCUGUUUGUCAGUUUUGAGGAGCACUACGAGCACUGCCGGUAUCUGCUCAACGCGACAAAGCGCGUCAAUUCGGACACCGAAGAACAGUCUCUCACAGUAGAUCGCGACAACUCUUCAGAUUCUUCGGCGGAAUAUACAAAGCAGCAGCACCUGCCAUCUCGUAAAGGUUUCAAAAUAUCGCUCUCUGUCGCCAAAGACUUGAUUUUGAUUUCAUUCGCACUUUUGGGUUUUAUCAGUCUUGUCCAACCCAAGUCGAGCAACCACACUGAUGGGGCUGCAAUAGACAAGCACCACCAGGCCGCACCGGCAUUUACAUCCUGUGAUUGUGGCAAUUCCACAGCAGAGGCAGUUCAGCUGGGAUGCAAAUACGACUCACUGGCUGCUGCUUGGCUGCCCGAACAUUGCCGAGAUGACGAAUUAACGGCCGAGUUUGAGCGUUCCGGGCCAGGCCCCGGGGGAAAGUGGACGUACUGGGCUGACGGCAAUCACACCCAAGAGAUUAGCAUCGAGGAGAUUGCAAAAAUGGCAGAUUACACAGACAGGCGAUUUCACAUGACUGGCCACUGGCAUGUUAUUCACUGCAUCUUCUACUGGAGAAAGGAGCAGCGGGCACGCUUCAACGGAAAGACUGUUGAGCCGCGGUCGUACAGUGAAGCGCACAGCAAGCACUGCGGCAAAAUCUUUCUAGAUCCGGGUCGUGAUACAAUUGCUGGAGUGGCAUUGAACACGGAUGCGGAAUAG